UCAGUUAUACAGAUUUUUUUUUCUUUUUUUUCUUUUUUUGAGAUGGGGUCUCACUCUGUCACUCAGGCUGGAGUGCAGUGGUGUGAUCAUGGCUCACUGCAGCCUUGACCUCCCCAGCUCAAGCGAUCCUCCUACCUCAGCCUCUCAAGUAGCUAGGUCUACAAGCACAUGCCACCAUGCCCUGAUAAUUUUUUGUAUUUUGUUUAGAGACUGGGUUUUGUCAUGUUACCCAGGCUGGUCUUUAACUCCUGGGCUUAAGCAAUCUUCCUGCCUCAGCCUCCCAAAGGGCUUGGCUUACAGGCAUGAACCACUGCCCUUGGCUAUACAGAUGUUAAGGAAUCAGUUGUAUGCAAGCUGAUGUUAGAGAGCAGAGAGGAGGUAGAGGAGUCUAAGACAGUCCAGUGGGUGACUAAGACAAGUAUUCCGUGAGCCCGUUGCUGGUGAGACAUAUUCUAAGUGCCAUGAGAGAAGGCUAAAGGCCUGUUUUUAUAUGGGGAAGCAGGAAGGCUUCUUUGAGUUUUGUUGUUUUCAAGAUUUGUUUUAUUUUAAUAGAAUUUUACUAAAGGGUAAAAUUGGAUGAAGAAUAAUUAAGAGCUUUAUGAAGAUAAGUAUUUCAUCAAAAUCUCAAGGGUAGAUAGAGCCAGAGGUCCAAUGAAUGGCAAAGGAGUGCAUUAGCGGUAGCUGUGAAAUACCAGAGCAGAAUAGCAGACAGCUGGAAAUGAAUAUUAUGCAUCACUAUGCCAAAGUUCUCAGCCAUUCUCGCUGCAAGGAAAUUUUCACUGGCCAUUUCUUUUUUUCACUGGACCUGGCAGCUAUCAUAUUUCUCAGGACCAUCUCCUUUUAAAAAUUUGUCAUGGAGAGUUUUGAGCCUACACGAAAGAAGGGAGAAUUGUGUAAUCAACCCCUGUGUACCUAUUUCAUAACUAAAGUUGGAUGACAGUAUCAUAGAACCUCCUGUAAAAUUAACAUAUUUAGACGUGCUUACUUUCUGUUAGCUAGAAUUCAGUUUUGGGGGACGUGUAGUAUAAUAAAAUGUAUACUUAUGUUAAAAAAUCUUUUUGUUUCAACCUGUUUUCCCUCCCAACAAACAGUUUUUUUGUUUGUUUGUUUGUUUGUUUUUCUUUUUUUAAAGCUAGGACUCCUAGUGACCAGCCAAAAUGAUAGAUAUGACUUUGCUUCAUGUAAAUUUAGUGUUGAUUAACUAAGGUAGCAUAUGUGAAGAUACUCAACUUUGUGCCUGUGACGUAUUGUUUGAAAAAUAAUAGAAAGUAAGAUUAAUGAGUAUACAAAUGAUAAUGAAUUGAUUACAUUUUUCACGCAGCAAACAUUUAUUAUAUUCCUCCAGAUCCUUAGCACUGUAUUAGGUACCAUAGAAAAUAUAAAAUGAAGAAAUAUAUUUUAUUUCCCAAAUAAAGAGUAUAAGUAAUAAAACCACUACUUCCUGUACUGCUCUGUAUACAUUUCAAAGCACUCUUACACCUGUGUUCUUAAAGUAAAGCAAGUGUUAUAUUUUAUUCAUAAAGCAAUUAAGUACAGAAGUAGUUAUUGAAUUAUCUGAGGUUAUCUAGUAAAUUCAUGCUAGAGAGCAUAUUAGAUCACUCUUCAAUAAAAGAGAUUGAGUUUAUGGAACUCUAUAAUGUAUUGAGUGCUUUUUGUAGGCCUGACAGUGUGCUACACACUGGAAAUUCAACCGAAGAGGAAUAAGAGUUGUCCUUUGCCCUGAAAAGUCAUGAUCUGCUGUUUAAAUAGACAUAAUUGCCAUAUAUCAUGUCAUAAGUGCUAUAAAAGCAAAGCAUAGGAAGCAUGUAAUUCCAUAUAUGGGAAUCAAGGAAAGUUUCUGAGGAGGAAUGAUGGAAUCAUGGAGAAGAAAAGUUUUGGAAAAUUGGAAACAAGGAAAGAGAUGGAGAAUAUGGAGCUUGUUUCUUUCCUGGAAGAUGUUCUGGGGGCCAGCAACCUCUGAUAUAUUGUGCUCGCCCAGGCUCUAGGAUGUGGGAAGUGAACUUUGAUGGAGAAGUUAUAAGUACACAUCAGUUCAAGAAACUCCUCUCGUUGCCACCUCUCCCUGUGAUUACUCUAAGAUCAGAACCUCAGUAUGAUCAUACAGUUGGAUCCUCCCAAUCUUUGUCUUUCCCCAAACUCUUACAUCUUAGUGAGCAUUGUGUGCUGACUUGGACAGAAAGAGGAAUUUAUAUUUUCAUUCCUCAGAAUGUUCAAGUUCUUCUUUGGAGUGAAGUCAAAGCUAUUCAGGAUGUGGCUGUCUGUAGGAAUGAAUUGUUCUGUUUGCACCUAAAUGGGAAAGUCUCACAUCUGUCCCUGAUAUCUGUGGAGCGCUGUGUGGAACGCCUGCUAAGAAGAGGCCUAUGGAACUUGGCUGCUCGUACAUGCUGUCUUUUCCAAAAUUCUGUCAUUGCCAGCAGAGCAAGAAAAACUUUGACUGCAGAUAAAUUGGAGCAUUUGAAAUCUCAGCUGGACCAUGGCACCUACAAUGAUCUAAUUUCUCAACUGGAAGAAUUGAUCUUAAAAUUUGAACCUUUGGAUUCAGCUUGUAGCAGUAGAAGAAGCUCCAUUUCAUCACAUGAAAGUUUCAGCAUCUUGGACUCUGGUAUUUAUCGUAUCAUUAGUAGUAGAAGAGGCAGUCAGUCAGAUGAAGACUCUUGCUCCCUUCACAGCCAAACCCUCUCAGAAGAUGAGAGAUUUAAAGAAUUCACCUCACAGCAGGAAGAGGACCUGCCAGAUCAGUGCUGUGGCUCACACGGAAAUGAAGACAAUGUUUCUCAUGCUCCAGUGAUGUUUGAGACAGAUAAGAAUGAAACUUUUCUCCCCUUCGGCAUUCCAUUACCAUUUCGUUCUCCAUCUCCUCUUGUGUCUCUUCAGGCUGUCAAAGAAAGUGUUUCUAGCUUUGUGCGUAAAACUACUGAGAAGAUUGGCACCCUUCACACAAGCCCUGAUCUGAAAGUGAGACCAGAGCUCAGGGGUGAUGAGCAAUCAUGUGAAGAGGAUGUGAGUUCAGUUACCUGCCCAAAGGAGGAAGACACUGAGGAGGAAAAAGAGGUAACUAGUCCACCUCCAGAAGAAGACAUUUUCCAGGAGCUUAAAGUAGCAACAGCAGAAGCAAUGACCAAGCUACAGGACCCUCUGGUUUUAUUUGAAUCUGAGUCUCUGAGAAUGGUUUUACAGGAGUGGCUUUCACAUUUAGAAAAAACAUUUGCCAUGAAGGACUUUUCAGACGUUUCAGAUACUGACAACUUAUCCUUGAAAUUGAACCAGGAUGUACCAUUAGUUAAUGAAUCAAAAAAGGGAAUAUUAGAUGAAGAUAAUGAAAAAGAAAAAAGGGACUCUUUAGGCAAUGAAGAAACUGUUGAUAAAACAGCAUGUGAAUGUGUAAGGAGUCCAAGGGAGUCUUUGGAUGACCUGUUUCAAAUAUGUUCUCCAUGCACCAUUGCAAGUGGUCUUCAGAACGACCUGGCUGAACUGACAACAUUAUGUUUGGAGUUGAAUGUAUUGAAUUCUAAGAUCAAAAGCACCAGUGGACAUGUGGACCACACUUUGCAACAGUACUCUCCUGAAAUUCUGGCUUGCCAAUUCCUGAAGAAGUACUUUUUUCUCCUGGACUUGAAAAGAGCAAAGGAGAGUAUCAAGCUUAGUUACAGUAAUAGCCCUUCUGUUUGGGAUACUUUUAUUGAAGGAUUGAAAGAAAUGGCAAGUUCCAAUCCUGUGUAUAUGGAGAUGGAAAAAGGAGAUCUACCAACAAGGUUAAAGUUACUAGAUGACGAGGUUCCUUUUGAUAGUCCGUUGUUGGUUGUGUAUGCUACCCGGUUGUAUGAAAAGUUUGGGGAAUCUGCUCUUCGAUCCUUAAUCAAGUUCUAUCCAUCCAUUUUGCCAUCGGAUAUCAUACAACUUUGUCAUCAUCAUCCUGCUGAGAUUUUGGCCUAUUUAGACAGUCUGGUGAAAUCAAGGCCUGAAGAUCAGCGGUCAUCUUUUCUUGAGUCCCUUCUGCAACCAGAGUCUUUAAGGUUGGAUUGGCUGCUUUUGGCAGUGUCCCUUGAUGCUCCACCAAACACCAGCACAAUGGAUGAUGAAGGUUAUCCCAGGCCUCAUUCACACUUGCUUUCCUGGGGUUACAGUCAGCUGAUCCUUCAUCUAAUUAAACUUCCUGCAGAUUUUAUAACCAAAGAGAAAAUGACAGACAUCUGCAGGUCUUGUGGUUUCUGGCCUGGAUAUCUAAUUCUCUGUUUGGAGCUGGAGAGAAGAAGAGAGGCCUUCACCAAUAUUGUGUAUCUGAAUGAUAUGAGCCUGAUGGAAGGGGACAAUGGUUGGAUCCCAGAGACCGUGGAGGAAUGGAAGCUUCUCCUUCAUCUCAUACAGAGCAAGAGGACAAGGCCAGCCCCCCAGGAGUCACUAAAUGGGAGCCUCAGUGAUGGGCCUUCCCCCAUCAAUGUGGAGAAUGUGGCACUUCUGUUAGCUAAGGCCAUGGGCCCAGAUCGGGCUUGGUCACUGCUACAGGAAUGUGGUCUGGCCCUUGCGUUGUCAGAGAAGUUUACCAGAACCUGUGAUAUCCUGAGGAUUGCCGAGAAAAGGCAGAGGGCCUUGAUACAAAGCAUGCUUGAAAAAUGUGAUCGGUUUCUCUGGUCCCAGCAGGCCUAGUGGGAGAAGAUUCAGCAGGAUGUCAUGACAUUUUGAGAAAAACUAAAUCAUGAUCCUGAACCUUCUGAAUGCAUUUGUUAUUGAAGGAAAGACACCACCCCCAAAUCCUGCCAUCUUAUUGGGGCUACUUUUAUCAGUGUCUGUACCCUUGACAUCAGCAUCUGUGACUCUUUAUCUGUGACCUCAGUGUUUCUUAACCAAAGUUGUGCUCAGCAUUUCUUAACCAAAGUUGAAUUUUGAAAAGAGUCAGUCCUUGUUUGCUGGAAUUAGAAUGUUAAUGUCCUAGUAUUAUUCCGAACUACAGUAUUAAUUGCUUGUUGCUAGUGCAUUAGAGAGAUUAUUUUCUUACUGUGGCUUCCAUGUUGGGAGCAGAAGCUUUUCAUCCUGGUCACAUGAAGACAGAUAGUGUUAUUGACUGGAGUUGGAUUAUUUUUAUAUCUUGUCUGCUACAAUAUGGAAAUUGCUGAAAUAAGACCGUGUAUAAUGGAAUUAACACCCAAAAUAAGUAGAACACUGAAGAUUUGAAUUUGAUAUUUAAGUAAAAUGGGACUGGGUGCAGUGGCUCAGGCCUGUAAUCCCAACCCUUUGGAAGGUAAAGAUGGGAGGAUCACUUGAGGCCAGGAGUUCAAGACCAAUCUGGGCAACAUAGUGAGAAUGCAUCUCUACAAAAAAUAAAAAAAAAUUAGCUAGGCAUAGUACCUGAGGCCAGGAGGUCCAGGCCGCAAUGAGAUGUGUUUGUGCCAUUGCACACCAGUCUGGGUGACAGAGACCCUGUCUCAAAAACAAAUUAAAUAAAAUGUCUUCAUAUAUAAAUUAAGCUAAUUAAAAAUAUUUUUCCCUGUAUUUAAUAUUUUCUAAUCUGAACCUAUAUACAGCUAAUUCAUUCUUAGAAAUGUGUUAUCUGUAGUCUUUCCUAAACAGAGUAGCCCACAAGAAUCAUGCACUUUUUAAAAUUAUUUCUUUUUUUUUUUUUUUUUUUUUGAGACGGAGUCUUGCUCUGUCGCCCAGGCUGGAGUGCAGUGGCGCAGUCUCGGCUCACUGCAAGCUCCGCCUCCCGGGUUCACGCCAUUCUCCUGCCUCAGCCUCUCCGAGUAGCUGGGACUACAGGCGCCCGCCACCACGCCCGGCUAAUUUUUUGUAUUUUUAGUAGAGACGGGGUUUCACCGCGGUCUCGAUCUCCUGACCUCGUGAUCCGCCCACCUCGGCCUCCCAAAGUGCUGGGAUUACAAGCGUGAGCCACCGCGCCCGGCUAAAAUUAUUUCUAAGAAGCCAUAACAAAACUGUGUACUAAUAAAGACUGCAGCAAGCACUUGUGUUAUUUAAAUUAUGUAAGUAGAUUGUCAUUUGUCAGGCUCCUGUGCGUUUACAUAGCAUGUUAUAUUAGGAAUAAAUGUAAAGUAUGACUAAAGUUUUCAUUGGAACAGAAUGUAGACAGGAGGUUUAUUGUGAGCAUUUUGCAGAAAGGUGUGGAGUAAGUAAAGUGUUGGAUGCAUUGAA